AACAACACACCUUCCCUCUGCAGCAAACAGCAUUAAUCACACUGCAUAGUCAGACAUCAGUAGGAAUUUUCUGGUUGUGUUACUCCUUUGAAGUUGCUGAGGAUGAGGGCGUUGAUCUUCUCUCUGGUUUUACUGGCGUCUCCGGGGGCCUUUCAUUGUGCCCCUGAUACUGCCCCACCUCCGAUAUCAGCCAACACUCUCAAACGCCUGUCUCUGGAAGGGGAGAAGCUGGUGGAUCAGGAGGUCAGCAAAGCACUGUUUGGGAUCAAACAAAUGAAGGAGGUGAUGGCCAGGAACGAAGAGAAACAUGCAAACCUCAUGAAGUCCCUCAGGCACAGCGGGGAGAAGAAAAAGGGUGCAGCAGAGACCGCACAGGAUAUAGAAAAGAAGCUGAACGAAGCCGAGCAGCAAUGUAAGGAGUCUCUAAAGUCCUCCUGGGAGGAAUGUCGACCUUGUCUUGAAGACACCUGUAAGAACUUCUAUACCAACACCUGCCGCCGUAGAUUCGCCACCUUCACCAAUAAACUACAGAACUUCUUCCAAAGGCUGAGCUCUCGCUUUGGCCCUCGUGAUACUCAGGAUGAGGUUGUGCUGAACCAGAGCGCAGAGAAUCCUGACCUGGAGGUGGUGAGGAUCGAGGACUCCUUCAGCAACCUGCUCACCGAAGUGGGAAGCCUGGUCAAUCGCAGUGUCGUGCUGGUCUCCCACUUCCACCAUGAGCUGGACCAGGCCCUACGAAGGGCUUUCAGCCCUGAGCUUCAGGAGGAUAAAGAGAGCGAGCUGGUGCUGAAGCCUUCCAACAAAGCUCUGGAGGGUGUGGGACUAGAAGAUGUGCUGGAGUCCUUCUUUGACUUUGGCAGAAGUGUGUUGGAGGAGUUUGGGGCCGUAGUCACACAAGCCUUCAGUGACAUUCAUGAUGCUAUGGAGAAGACCGAGGAGGAGAAAGAGAGGAAACUCUUCCCUCAGCUUCUACAGGACAAGAGGCUGUGCAAAGAUCUGCGCAGACAGUCCUCAGAGUGCUGGCAGCUGCAGAGCAAGUGUGAGGCCUGCCAGGGAAACUUGUUUACCGAAUGCCCAAAUGUAAGAGAACUACACAUCGAGUUGGAUGAAGCCUCUCAGCUGUUGGAAGCGUCCAAGCAGCAGUAUGAAGAGGUGCUGGGCAUUGUGCAACGUCACACUGAUGACACCAUCAGCUGGCUCAGCAACAUGGCCUCUGACUUUGGUUGGGUGACUGAGCUCGCCAAUAACAACACCACACCUGAGAGCAUCUUCAGUAUUGCCACGUUUGUGGCACAGACCGAGGAGGGCGACAACACCCCAGCAGCAGACACUACAGUGGAAGUGAAUAUUCUCAACUCCCCCACUCUCACCCUGACCGUUCCUGUGGGUCUCAGGCUGCAGGAUCCUGCCUUCAUCCAGUAUGUGGCACAGGAGGCUCUGGGCAUGUACAAGCAGAUGGCCAGGCAUGAUGAUGUAUAAUCUACAAGUCAUCAGUUUUCUUCCCAGCACUAACCAGGGUACACUGGUACCAUUCUAUAUUCUAUGUAUUUAGUUAUAUUUUAUGCAUUGUGUUAAGUUUAAGAGUCAAGUCACUGCAAUUAUUGUUAUUUAUUUAUGGUCUUAUCAUGUGACAGGUUCCAGUUAGCUGCAUUUGUAACUUGUCUUGUGUUAACUGACUUAAACAUCAGUAUGUCAGAAAUGUACUUAAAGUAUAUUAGAAAUAUAUAUCAAUGUGUGAUUGUAAACGGGUAUAACAAUCACUCCUUAAAAAUAAUUAACUUUUAGUGCAAAACCAUUUCUCGUUUAUUAC